ACUUUAAUAAGGUAAGAAUUUUUAUAGGAACCAAAGUAUUAUGUUUUACAAAAUUAGCCGGUUAUUAAGUGCCAAACGUUCUUUAUUUUCAGUUUAUUCAAACACUGGCUCUCAAUUCAACAGAAUGGGUUUACCACUGUCAGAUGUAAUUAAGCAACUAGAAAAAAUAGCUCCCUUAAAUCUAGCUGAACCUUGGGAUAACGUAGGGUUAUUAGUUGAACCGUCUAUAGGUGCACUAGUUAAUACCGUUCUCUUAACGAUUGAUCUGACUGAGGAUAUAGUGGACGAAGCUAUCGAGAAUAAAAGUAGAUUGAUAAUUAGUUAUCAUCCUAAUAUUUUUAAACCACUCAAAUGCGUAAGCCAAAAACAUUGGAAAGAGAGAAUUAUCACAAAAUGUAUUAAAAAUGAUAUAGCAGUAUUUAGUCCUCAUACUAGUUGGGAUACUAUGAGUAAUGGUAUUAACGAUUGGUUAGCUUCGGCUUUUAACGUCGAAACAGUUAGGCCUAUUAUGGCGCAUAAAGAUGAUCCUACAGAGAGAAUGGGAUCGGGAAGAUAUAUAACUCUUAAUCAUGUUAUUUCACUAAAAGAAGCUAUUGAUAUAGUAAAAAAACAUAUAGGUAUUCCAUAUCUCCGUGUAGGCGUUGGGAGACAAAGAGAUGUCGACUCCCCAAUAUCCAGUAUAGCUAUUUGUGCUGGGUCUGGUAGCUCAGUUCUUGGUCCAGCGGUAGCAGACUUGUACCUCACUGGAGAAAUGUUACAUCAUGAUGUAUUAGAAGCUACUCAACAAGGAAUAAAUGUCAUUUUGUGUAACCAUAGUGAUUCAGAAAGAGGAUUCCUCAAGUAUUUUCAACAAAAAUUUCAAAUUGAAGGAUUGAAUGUGCUGGUAUCCAAAGUCGAUAGGGACUGUCUAAAAACUAUGUAAAUAUGGUUUACAAUAUAUAAAUUUAAUGGUUGGUGUAUAUCAUCAAGAGAUUUUGUUAUUGAAUUUAAAGAAAUUUAAAAAAAAAGUAUCAGAUUUUCAA